CACAAACACAAUUUGAAAUGCCAAACGCCGCUUAGCUGAAUCGAAAAAGCAGAACAUUUUUGGUGAAUGUAAAAUAAUAUUGCGUUUUUAAACAACUUCGAUUAGCAUGGAUGCGGCCAAAUUGAGCGCCGUUCGGAUUGCGGUCCGCGAGGCGCCGUACCGCCAGUUCCUCGGGCGUCGGGAGCCCAGCGUCGUCAAGUUUCCGCUAUGGAGCAACGGAAAGUCGUUAAUGGUGGAGCAGAAUGAGUUCCACUUCGAUUACGCCUUUCCCGCGACCAUCAGCCAGGAUGAGAUGUACCAGGCGCUGAUCCAGCCGCUGGUGGACAAGCUCAUCGAGGGAUACCCGUGCACCGCACUCGCCUACGGGCAGACGGGAACGGGCAAGAGCUACUCUAUGGGCAUGGCUCCAACCGACAAGCCCGAGCACCUGGGUGUUCUGCCCCGAGUCCUGGCCGAAAUUUUGGAUCGCGUGACCGCCAGGCAGGAAAACCACAAGGGUCCCAUUCAAGUGUACGCCUCCUUCAUAGAGAUCUACAAUGAGAAACCCUUCGAUCUGCUAAGCUCGACGCCACAUAUGCCCAUGGUGGCGGCGCGUUGCCAGCAAUGCACCAUCCUUCCUUUGAACAGCCAGGAGGAACUGCAGUUCAUAUUGGAACUGGGCACUCGGAAUCGACGCGUUCGUCCCACCAAUAUGAAUUCCAACAGUUCCCGAUCACAUGCCAUAGUCACCAUUCAUGUGAAGCACGACACCCAUCACGCCAGGAUGAAUAUUGUGGAUUUGGCCGGUUCGGAGGGCGUGAGGCGUACUGGGCACGAGGGCGUGGCCAGGCAGGAGGGCGUCAACAUCAAUCUGGGCCUGCUGAGCAUUAACAAGGUGGUGAUGGCCAUGGCGGCGGGCCACACGGUGAUUCCAUACCGCGACAGCGUCCUCACCACAGUUCUGCAGGAGUCGCUCACCGCGCAGUCGUAUCUGACCUUUCUGGCCUGCAUCAGUCCGCACCGAUGCGAUCUCACCGAGACGUUGUCCACAUUGCGUUUUGGCACGGGUGCGAAGAAGCUUCGCCUGAAUCCGACGCAAGUGGCGCAGCGGAAGCAAUCGCUGUCCGCACGGACACCACACGUCGUCCGCAAGGUGCUGAGCACCUCGACGGUCAUCAAGCCUCGCGCCGGCAAUCAGAACAGCCUAGUGGUGCCGAAAUCAAAAGAUAGCACGUUCAAGCCGCUGACCGGCGAGCUCCGUCGAACCCGUUCCGAACUUGGCAUGACGCCCAAAGCCAAGAAAAGGGCUCGCCAGCUAUUGGAGCAGGUGGACACCACGCUGGAGCCCUCGUCCACGGACAGCAGCGAUACUCUGUUAGGUUUCCAUUGCGACAUCGAUCAGGAUAGGGAGCUGAUGCCUCCACCAGAGGUUGAGCCUAUGCAACCCAGCAGCCUGCACUCCACCGCAAUGGCCAUUGCCGAAGAGACCGAACCCGAGCCCGAGGAGCCGGCCACAGUGGAACAACCAAUGAAUCCCAGCACGGCACGCUACCAGCUCUUCAACACGAAUAUCAGCCCCAUUAGUUUGCGGGCAUCCAGCAGUCAGCGGGAAGUUAGUGGCAUCCAGCCAAUGGAGGAGACAACAGUGCCUUUGCCAAUGCAAUCAUGCCUUCGUCGCUCCAUGCGUAUAGCUAAUCGCCUAAGGUCGGAGAUCUCCAGCGCCACUCCCCGAGUAAUGAAUUUGCGGCGCAGCCGGCGGCUGGCGUCAUUCCGGGAACAUGCCACUGUGAAAACCGAGACGGCCACCCAACUGCCGCGAGUCGCAAGACCUGCGCCCAAUGAAUGGCUGGCCAAUCGUAUUAAAACGUUUCUAGACCAGCUUAACAAUGGAAACGUCAGGGAGCUGGAAAAGAUUCCAGGAAUCGGACCAAAGACAGCCUUUAGCUUGACCCUGUACAGAUCCCGCCAGGGUGGCUUCCAAAAUCUUGACCAAGUCAAAUCACUGCCCAUUUGGCCCGGAAAUCGAUGGGAAAAGAUUUGCGAAGCGAACUGCCUCGAAACUUGAUUAUUACUUACCAUUUUAAAUAGAGUUUUGCAUAGUGAGUGUAAUUUUUGUGCCAAAUACUUUGAUUUUACAAAUACUCGACUAUAGUAGAAUAAAGAAGGAGCCGGAUUUCCUAAUAGAAUUAAUUUAAUGUGUGUGUGUAAUAUUUAAUGUUUAAUGUUUAAUUUAAUGUUUAAUGUAAUACUUAAUGUUUAUUUUUUUACGACUUUAAUUUAUUUCUUGUAAACCAAUAUCUAAUAGUACCUUAA